UGUAACCCUUAUAAUCGCCCAUAGCCUGAAGAGAGCGCUGAACGCUCAACAGCGUCCGGCAGUCUCAACAGCGUGCUGGUCACGUAUGCAGAAGGAGCCCGUAAACACGCGUCAGAAAAAUGGCUCCAAAGCGUACACUCGGCGUCGAAGACACGCAGGUUUGAAAGAAGCGUCGCGCGGAACGAGAGUAUCUUUGCGACGCAGCCAAACGUAGCGCAGACCGCAAAUGUAUGUGUACAAUGUAUACAUACAAUUUUACAAUAAUUAAUUGAAUUACGUACAGACCCACAGUCCAAUUAAUGUUUAACGCUUCUGCCACGAUGCGAUGUGCGACGUAAGGCAAUGAUAAUGCUCUGCUCUCAGAGAUUAUGCACAAUGACGCCACAACAACGCCUCAAGGAAACAUGCCUUGUGUGGUCUGUGGACUAUGCGGAGGCAAACAGCAGUGGUGCACGCAAGGUAACGUUUCAUAUCAACUCACCAUUCUCGUAUUGAACUAAUCGCUGAAGAAAUUAGACAUUCGACGCCAACACCGUCGCUAAUUAUUGUCAGUCAAAGCAAUCAGCACACAAAGUUUCGGUUACGUCGAUUUACACAAUGCGUGGGAUCCGCAAAUUUUUCAUUUCGCUUUUUUUUUUUAGAAAAGGACGCAUUAUGGUUAUGGAAUCCAACAUGGAAUUCAUUAAAAAUGUCUUCUUUGAUCUCCCAGAUCAUUUUCCUAUUUAUCAUUUCAAUCAUAUUUGAUGCGCCCUUAUAAGGUUGCCUACAAUCUUCCGCAAGUCUCGAAUGCGAACGUUUACUAUAAGGAUGGUCGCUGUAAGGAAAGUGAUCUCGUCGCCUUUUUUUAUGUCCGGGCGAUACGCGAUUAUGACAAGUACAGCAGAGAGCAAAGAAAAAUUCAUGCCUCACGCCUUGCGAGAGUGCGACAAGGCACUGAAAUCAUCGGGCAAUUAAACGCCGCUGGUUUUUUUUUUUUUUUUUUUUUUUGGGGUGCAGGCCAUUGCACUUCAACCUAACAUGGGAGCCGGCGUGAGCUUCUCCCUGCGUGACCUCGGCAAUUCCGCCAGCACGGUGGCAUCUCUGGCUGGCAUGAGCCGCGAGCUUUCCCAGCUUGUGCGGAGGAUGAACAUAUCUGCCAUGGGUGUGCUCAACUUUGCGCGACAUCUUGGCGUCAGCACAAACACGCUAGCCACCGCCUUUAAGGUCAUGAACGCUGCCUUGAAACAACAGAGCUACAUAGAGUGGAUGACUUUCCUGGGGGCGGUGCUGAUCAACAAGCAAUCGAGAAUUGACUUUGUUAAUGAAGUGCACAAUAUGGAGUACCUCACCACGAUCAUUGUACAGACCCACCUACACGGUGACCCUGAAGCACGGCCGCAUGUCUCUUCAACAGCCCAUUGCCGCGUUUUUCCGGUAUCAGCGAUCCGUUCCCACUCACCGCACCAAGACUUCGACGGCGCUGUGGAUGUUGUGUACACUUUGCGGAUGAAUGGCGACAAGUUACGCGUGUUGUUGUCUUCCACGAUGGCCGUCAUGGUGUUCGUGGGUGCUGCGAAGCCUGACGCACCGAUGAAGCCGUACGAUCUGUGCGAACGCUCCUUCAUGACGGACUACGAAGACACGUGCAACGCCACGCUUACCAACGGACGGAAAAUCUAUGACCACAGGAACAAGUACGCCUACGUCACCUUCCGGAACGGCGGCCACCGCUACUUCGCGGCGUACGAGUCCGAUGAGUCAUUAACAGAAAAGCUCGGCAGGUAUGUUCAGACCUUUUCUGAUGGAUGGGCGAUCUUCGAGGUCCAGCGAGACGUGUGGAAGUCCUGCCUUGAGAAUGACUACAUUCGCCUGGAACUGAUUGCGGUAAAUGCGCGCUAUAAUACCUCGUCAACACUGACGGCAAGCCACGGCAGAUAGUCGGGCGACAACAAGAACCUGCAAGGACAGUGCGUUUGGGAUCUAGGACUCGCAGCUCCAAGCGCCUACGUUUACCAUCUUCGGGAGAGAGGCUAGUGACGACAACUGUGUCCACUCUAUGAGCAACGGACAGGUGUGCUGAAAUAAUUAAAGAGUACGACG